AUGCUGGAUUCUCGCGCUUUUCACUCUUUUUACGGUCCGAUGUACGGGGCGCUUACUGCUCGGGAACAACAACGGUUUUGCUUCCACCAUGUGAAUGUAGUGCUAAAGGGUAUCCUGUUGAUCUGCGUAUCAUCUUCCAUUGUGCAGGUCACGAUAGGUGGCAAGGAAUGGACGGAUCCGUAUUACCACAACUCGUCCGUGACUCUCUGGGAGACAUCAACCUUCGCCAGUUAUAUCGUGGUUGCGGUUAGUCUCCUUGACCUCAUUUACGACACGAGUCUACGCCGAGUAUAUAUGGUUCAUCAUGUGGGAGUCCUCUUGGCAGUUCAAGGCCUCGUAUUUUCCAUUGUGAACGCACCAGUAGAGAGGGCACAGGAAAUGCGGUACCUAGGAAACAUGUCCGAAAUUGGCAUGUUCUGGGUCCUGUUCUCGGGGAUGCCAGGUUUCACAUCGCAUCUGACGCUUAUACUCAGACGAUGCUUUACGCACGGAGAUGUCAAGAUGCGUAACCUCUACUAUUAUGCGUUCUAUGUGAAUAUCUCAGUAACGGCCCUCGAAGUUGUGUCAAUCUCUUACCUCACUUACGCAAGCCGGAACAGAUUGCCUGUCGCUGCUGCGAUCGGUAUCGGUGCUCUGCAGGUUUUAUUCACUUACACAAAAGUAAAUAAAUGCCAGCGUAUCUACGCUGUGUAUGAGGAACAGUUGGCGGCGCUCAACAAGAUCCGACUAUGA